AUGUGCGACGACCUUUCUGUUUGGGAGGAAGAUGCAAUCGCCGCGCUGGAAGCGACUUUUGAGCAAGUUGCGCGACGAAGAGAUCUGGAAGCUCAACAGAGUCUCAUCAGACUCGAAAAAGGCUUUCGAGAAGCAGCCUUGGCGAUCGCUCAACUGUACUCGAACCAAUCCAGAGAGAAUUAUCAAGCCUUCAGAACAGCUGCUUGCAAAUUGACAGAUUUCUACAAAGAGUCGAAGGAUAGCUUCAAUUCUGUCAGGGAGAAAUCAAAGGAGCUUGGCCGCGUGCAGCGAGAUCAAGAGUCCGUCAAGUGGCUUCGAACGCGACGCCGGAUGAUCCGCCGAGAAGAAAUGUUGGGAAAGAUGGCGAAUCGUUCGCCACCGCCUCUUCUUCCUCCACCAGGAGUUCCGCCACUCGAGCGCCAAAAGACCUGUCUGGCGAAGCGAAAUCGAAACUCGCCGCAGCGACGCUCGCCCCGACCUGGUCCAAGUAGCCAGCCAUGCAUACAUCGAUGUAACACUAAUUGCAACAAAGAACUCAGCAAUAUUCAGAACACACUUGACGACUUCUCCGUGUCUUCUCCACCUCGAACAGAAAAAGUGAGCCGCAAACGAGCCCUGCAGCUCUUCGACGACGCCGUCUACGAGCACAAGCGACAGAAGAUCAACGAGUUCAGCGCCUAUCCUCACCACGAGCCUCCAAAUGACGACUUUUAA